AACGGACAAAAAAUUCAUUUAUGAAAAAUAUAGUUAUAAUGAAUUUUAUUACGAUUUUGUUGUUUUAUUUUUAGAAUGUUUUUCGCAAAAUAUCUAUUCCAUCAUACAUUGAUCCUUUUAGGGCUAUCAAUUCUGGACACUUGUCGAUCAUUUCCAUUCUGUGAUACAUUUGAUCUUCCAAUUGACAUUUAUGUUGAAAAUAGUUUCCAUAGUGAUAUUAUUGAAAAUGAGUUUAUCAUAACAUUUAAUCAUCUUUAUAAACCUUCGACUCGAUUUAAUUUUAUCAAAGCUUCAUUUGAUCAAGCAGGAAUCAAUGAUAAUAAUUGGUCAAUUAUUCAACGAAUCAAUGAAGCUAAUAAAUAUCCAAGCGAUUUCGAUGUAAUUCAUCUGGAGAAUUUAUCUAUACCAUUGGAAUUGUUUGUAAAAAGCGUACGAAAUCAUCGAAAAAUUAAAAAUAUCACACCACAAAGACAAAUCGUUCGAACUCUCAAAUUUGUAAAUAUUUCCGAGUCUAAACAUGAUGAUGAACAAUUUAGUCAAUCAAGCUUUGAUGAUAUAAACUAUAGUGAUACAAGAAGACGAUUGUUGCGUGCAAUACCCCGACAGAUAACAAAUGUGCUCGAAGCAGACAAACUUUGGAAUUUGGGAAUCACUGGAACUGGUGUUAAAGUUGCAGUAUUCGAUACUGGCUUAUCCAUUAAUCAUAAACAUUUUAAGAAGAUAAAAGAACGAACAAAUUGGACGAAUGAAAAGACUUUGGAUGAUGUUCUUGGCCAUGGAACUUUUGUUGCUGGUGUGAUAGCCAGUAAUCGAGAAUGUCUUGGUUUUGCACCCGACGCUGAACUUCAUAUUUUUCGAGUUUUCACGAACAAACAAGUUUCAUAUACCUCAUGGUUUUUGGAUGCAUUCAAUUAUGCCAUAAUGAAAAAAAUUAAUAUCCUAAAUCUUAGCAUUGGCGGACCUGAUUUUAUGGAUACUCCAUUUGUUGAUAAAGUAUGGGAACUGACAGCCAAUAAUGUCAUCAUGGUUUCAGCCAUCGGAAAUGAUGGUCCUCUUUAUGGAACUUUGAAUAAUCCUGCAGAUCAAAUGGAUGUUAUCGGUGUCGGUGGAAUUGACUUUGAUGAUCAAAUUGCUAGGUUUUCUUCUCGUGGUAUGACAACUUGGGAAUUGCCACAAGGCUAUGGAAGAGUCAAACCAGACAUUGUUACAUACGGAGCCUAUGUUCGUGGAUCAAAUAUCAAUGGCGGAUGUCGUGUUUUAUCUGGAACAUCAGUUGCUUCUCCGGUUGUAGCUGGUGCUAUCACUUUAGUAAUGAGUGGUGUUCUUCAUAUGGGAGACCUUAUCAAUCCUGCCAGCAUGAAGCAAGCGCUUAUUCAUUCUGCUCAUAGAUUACCGAAUGCUCCUAUUUUUGAACAAGGUGCUGGUAAACUUGAUCUUGUCAGGGCGUAUCACAUUUUACGAUCGUAUAAACCUCAAGCAUCAUUAUAUCCAAAUUAUAUCGAUUUCACUGAGUGCACUUAUAUGUGGCCAUAUUGUAGCCAGCCAUUAUAUCAUGGAUCCGUUCCAAUUAUUGUAAAUGUUACUAUCUUAAAUGGAAUGGGUGUCACUGGAUUCAUCAACAAACGACCUCAAUGGCAUCCUUAUAGCGGUUUCAAUGGGCAUUACCUAGAUGUAGCGAUUUCAUAUUCCGAUAUAUUGUGGCCUUGGUCUGGAUGGAUAGCUCUUCAUUUAUCCGUGUCAUCACUGGCUUCUGAUUGGGAAGGCAUUGUUCGAGGACAUCUCUCCCUUACAGUAGAAUCAUCUUCCGAAGAUGAAGGGAAUACCAACAGCACUUUAAUUAGUGAAUUAAUCUUACCAAUAAAAGCCAAAAUCAUUCCUACUCCUCCAAGAAAUAAACGAAUUCUCUGGGAUCAAUUCCAUAAUUUACGUUAUCCACCGGGUUAUUUUCCUCGUGAUGAUCUUCGGAUUAAGUAUGAUCCGCUUGAUUGGAAUGCUGAUCAUAUUCACACAAAUUUUCGUGAAAUGUAUCAACAUCUUAGAUCGAAUGGUUAUUACUUGGAAGUUUUAGGUCAACCUUACAGCUGUUUUGAUGCCAAACAAUACGGUGCAUUAUUAAUUGUCGAUCCAGAAGAGGAAUUUUUUCCCGAAGAAAUUGAAAAACUACGAAAAGAUUACUUCGAAUAUGGUUUAUCAUUGAUCAUUUUUGCUGAUUGGUAUAAUGUAGAUGUUAUGCAGAAAGUUAAAUUUUUUGAUGAAAACACCAGACAAUGGUGGUUACCGGUCACUGGUGGCGCUAAUAUACCAGCUUUGAAUGAUUUAUUAGUCCAUUGGAAUGUUACUUUAGGUGAACAAGUUUUUGAGGGUAAUUUCAAGCUUGGAUCACAUGAAAUGUAUUAUGCAUCGGGCACGAGUAUCAUUGAUUAUCCCAAAGAAAAUUUUAUCGUUCUACAUCGUGAUCUCAACAAUCAAGGUUGGGAAAUAUUAAAUGAAAACAAUAAAGAAAAGAAGAAAAAAUCAGAAAAAGCGACUAUACUGGGAAUGCAUAGAGAUUUGUCGAAUCGUAAAACUGGUCGUUUCUCAAUCUAUGGUGAUUCAAAUUGUCUUGAUCAGGCACAUCAACAAAAAGAUUGUUUUUGGAUGCUUGAUGCUUUAUUGCAAUUUGUUACUACUGGACAAGUGCCUACAUUUAUUGAAACUGAAAAACAAUCUGACACUGUGAUGCAGUCACACAUUGAAAAUUUCAUUGUACACCAUUUUGAAUUGGAUCGUAUUCAACUGAAUAAACCAAAACGAUUGAUUGAAAAUCAAUUGUAUAAAUAUUCAAAAGUAAUUGAUCAAUCAUCGAAAUUCGUUCCCAUCUUAGAAUGUAUAAAGAUCGUGUAUGAAAAACAAAUGAUGUUAAACAUUACUUCUGAAGAGGAAUUACCUGAAUCACCAAAACUAUUGUUGUCAGCUCAUAUUGAUGAAAAUGUGAAUGAUGAUGAUAAAAUUGCCGAAUCAUCAUUCGGUAAGAAAUUUUUUUCGGAAGAUGAUAGAUUGGACAACAGAAUGAACCACGAUCAAUCUUUGCUCAAUAAUUGGCCAGAUUCGAAAAUGGCUGAAAUAUUCAACGGUAACAGUGGAAAGCAACAGAAACACGAAUCAUCCAAUGAUGUUAAUUAUCGAUUCUAUUUCGUCAUGAUUUUAUCAAUAUUUGUUUUUAUUAUUAUAUUCAAAAAACUGAUUCUAAGGCGAAGAUUUCCAUCAUUCAUUCAUCUUAGACAUUUUCGUUAACAUCAACGUUCAUUCAUUUUAUUUGUAAAGUAAAAAAAAAAAUCUUUCAAGUUCGUUGUCAUUUUAGUCAUGAUUCGAUAAAUUCUUCGUUAAAGCCAAUAACAUUUUGAAUUAUUUGUUAAUUAAUCAUUCGAAUGAGAUUUUUUUACACAACAAUAACAAGCCAAACAAAUUACGAAAUUAAUUUUUUUUUUUCUAAAAAUUCGAUACAUCAUCACCAUGUAAUAACCCUCAACAACAAGUGUGAAUAUCUUAUUGAAUAUUUUAUACGGAGAGAAUAUACAAGCAAUCAACAAGGGCGAUGACAAUUCAAUU